AUGAAGACCCCAUCCGACGAGCCCCAAGGCACCAUCAUCGCCUCGAAGGUUCCGCAUCAAGUAUUACAGGAAUUUCGUGAUCAGAUGGCAAAGGCCGUGGAUAUCCGAAAUGUGCGCGGCAUCUCCCAAUUUUUUGGUCUUGGCGAGGAAAAGCCUUUUAACUUACCUAAUCGUGAUGUACUCGCCACGCGGUGCCGAAGAAAUGCUUUUUUUUUUAGCGCAAAUUAUGCUAUCUCUGCGGCACUUGUCGGUGUCAUUACGAUCUUGCUGAACCCGUUCUUCCUUUUCGUACUGAUUUGUCUGGGCGGCUUUUGGCUAUAUAUGUCGAGCGCGACGGCGAAUGAAUCACCUGAAAACCCGACAAAAAUUAUGGGUCGUACGGUGUCCCCGGACCAGCGAAAGAUUGGCUUGCUUGGUGUCAGCGCUGUUGUCAUUGUAAUUUUCGGAGGCUCAAUUCUUUUUACGAUUUGCUCGGCCAGUGGAGCUCUCGCUAUAUCGCAUGCUAUCCUGCGCGACUGUCCUUCUGUUCGUGAAGAAGACGAAUUUGGUUUUUUGUCAAGCGGGAGUGACGAGGUAGCAGACACUGUAUAG